AUUACAUCUCAUCACAUCGCAGACAUCCUCAGAUCCUCUGUUUCACAACACAUUGUACCUCGCAGCAUACAUUCAUCCUUCUAACCCUUCAUCCUCUUCAACCCCGCGUCGAUCAACCACACACUGCAUGAACCACUCGAUAAACCUCUGCGCCUCAACCUUUGAACCUGGGCCUUCUGGGCUUCUCUCUCACCAUGGCCGACGCAUUCAUCGGGUAUACGAUCCUGAUCACACUACAAUAUCCUCCCAAUGCUCAAAUUCAGGGCGUAGUGGCCAAUGUCUUGGAUCAGAAAUUGUUUCUACGUGACGUACUCUUGCUCUGGAACGGACAACGUCUAGCCUCUUAUGUCCUCGAGUCCUCUGCCAUUUCCGACCUCGAAGUGUCCCCUUCUCAACCCAGUAGAGCUCAAGAGGAGGAAUUAAAGACCCCUGUGGCAGCCACACAUCAUGACAAUGUCCCUCCCCCACCGUCGAAUGCCGCCGCCUUUGUCGACCCGGCCAUCAUCAGCUACGCAAGACCGCCUUCAGGCACGAGACAGAACUCCCUAACGAACCCCUCUCCGCACUCAUUUCCUCCGAUCUCCCCCAUCAUGAUCGCAGACGGCGCCGUUAGUAGCCCGUCUUUGAAUGUUCCGCGCAAACAGACCGUUGGUAGCAGCUCCGUGUCCAGUAUUGCCACAGCAUUGCCUCGUAAACCGGCCAAGAGAGGUUCGGCUGCUGCGACACUGACAGAACCGUUUGAUGCGUUGAAUAUGAGCCAGGGCGGAGCACCUACCCCCGCGAGGCACGAGGUCGCUAAGGGAAAGCAAGGAGGUUCAAACGUCCAUGCUACUUCGUUGGCUCCAUCGCAAACCGGACCAGGUAUCAUCGACAUGAAGGACGUGAAUCAUGCUCCGUUGAAGCCGGCGAAAAAGCCCGGCAAAGGAAAAGGAUGGCGAUCGACCCCAUUGAUUGAAGAAGUGCCGAGGCCAGCAGUCCAGAAAAAGAGCCAGAGAGGGCGCAAGGUAGUGGAGGAUCAAAAUGGAUGGGCGACCGAGGAUGCGACCGAUAUCCAAGAUCUGGGCGACUUUGACUUUGAGACGAACCUGUCCAAAUUCGACAAACGACGAGUGUUUGACGAUAUUCGAAAAGACGAUAACAUACCCGAAGGCGACCGACUAGUGAGUUUCAACCGACAAGCACGGCCUGGAACCAACGGCGGACGCAAUCUACAUUACACGGAGAAUGUACUAGAUACACCCUCGAUCAACAACGACAAAGAUCGAUGGAAGAGCGAAGCGGGCGAGACUGAGGACGACACACUCGAAGGGCACUAUUCCAGCGGCAGAGGAUCACGACGAGCCGGAUCGAGACGGCCACUAGCAUCUCGCAAAGGGAGCGUUUUACCUGCACAUCUAGAACGAACCGAAUCACCUCGUCCACUGGCCGGCCUGCACACAGCAUCCCCCAUCAACGGAGCCGUCACAGGACCAAGGGCAUGUUUCCGAUUAGGUCACAACAAUAAACCAUGCCACUCACUUUCACCCUUACAAAUGCUCGAACUAGAACAACUCUGUAUAUCCGAACUCGGCCUCACCGAAGACAUGCUAUCUGAAAACGCCGGACGAAGCAUCGCAGCCGCAAUCCUCAAACUCCCCGACGUCCGCAACGUGGUGUUUCUCGUUGGAAACCACAAAUCAGGCGCCCGUGCCAUCGCCGCCGCACGACAUCUACGAAACCGACGUCUACGAGUCACCAUCGUGAUCCUCGGCGGCGAACGAGAAGAAUUGUUAUUUGAAAUCGUGCGAAAACAAUUAACCAUCUACAAAAAAGGUUCCGGCUACGUUGAUCGCUGGGACGAAUACCAAGCGAAACUCACGGCUGGCGGACCCAGUCCGGAUAUGAUUGUCGACGCUGUGCUCGGCGUGCAUGUCACGUUUGAGGAAUUAAGGACUGAUGAUCAAGCUACAGUACUGGAAAUGACAAGAUGGGCGAAUCGGACUGCUCCAAUUGUUUCGAUUGAUGUGCCUUGCGGAUUGUCGGCGACGUCGGGGUUGUUGACGGAAAUGGAUGGGCAGAGUUUAGUGAUGGCAAGUCGAUAUAUUUUGAGUCUAGGGGCCCCAAAGACGGGCUUAUUGGCGGCGAUGGCCAUGGAUGGCGUGGAGUCGACGUGGCAGGUUUGGGUGUUGGAUAUUGGUAUUUCAACGGCGGCCUGGCAGAAACAUGGUUCAAGAAGGAAACAUGGUGUGGAUUUUGGGGUUGAUUGGGUUGUGCCGUUGAAGUUGUCGAUGGUGGGAUAGGAGGAUACGAGAGGGGAGAUGGAGGAUGUGGCACGAACAAGAGAGCUAUGAUGAUGAGUGAGGAUGGUGUUAGUGGUCAGGUCAGUGGUGACGAUGGUAGUGAUAUUCAUCUCUACCUCUACCUCUAUCCUCCAAUGCCUCCCUAUCUCGUCCCCUCUCGUCUUGUCCCGUCUUGACUUAUUCUUCUUUGUUCUUGGAUUGGAUUUGCCUGGCUUUGCAUUGACUUGCAUUGAUUUCACUUUUGCUGCGUUCAAGCGAAACAACAACGACGAUAAAAAGAAAAGAGGGAAUGGAAAAGAACAGGAAAGAAAAGGAAUUGUUUUCUCUUCCCUUGCCUUGUCCUCAUGGGCCAUGCGAGCUACCUAGUAUCAUCAUAGCAUCUAU